GAGUUUUUGCAAAUUAUCAAGCAGAAAAUAAAUUAAUUUACAGCAUUAUGGAUAGUCAUAUUGAAGUUGAAAUAUAUAUAAAUAUGCACAAAGACAUACUACAAUAUGAAAAAAUACUAAUAGUAAAUUAAAUAAGAAAGGAUAUAUUAAGAGACCCUAUCCCAUAACAGUUGGGAAGUGACAUCUGUCUCCUGCGACAAAGUGAAAACCAGUCAUAUGAUCAAACCAAUCUCAGAUGUAAUUUUAUGAGAUCAACUUUUCUUCUAAUUCAAUUCCAGAUUCCCCAACAGACAUCAAUGGAAUUCAAUUCCAUGACAAAAACUUGUCUCAUGGCUUAUCUUAUGGAAACUCAACAGAAGUCUAUGGGGAAAUUUGGAAUUUCAAUUACAAGAUAUGCUUUUUUAAUUACGAUCAGUCUGACCCAAAAAAAAGUGGAGACUCAAAUGUAUGACAUAUAUUUUGAUGGCCCAUUUCACACUAUUUGCCCCUGCCCCAAAAUCUACCUAUACAGGAGGCAACAGUACACAGGUAAUUGUAAAUGAGUAUUGUUUUAUGGCCGGCAGCUUCUGUAUGAGAUUUUCUGUUAUAGAAAAACAAUUUCUCAUAUAAACUCUAUUGCUGCUAGUGUAGAGUAUACGCUGCAUAAAUGUAGGAAAUCCACAUAUUUUUAUACUGUGAUGGUUUUUUGCCCUUUCCUCACUACAAUACCAAAGGUGGUGUAUUCAAUUAAUUCAAGUUACUUUGAAACUAACUGCAGCCUUGUCUCAAUAAAAUUAACAGAAAGGCAGUGGGGAAACAUACGUAUGAAUAUGAUAGAUUUCUGACAAUUUAUACAUUGUGUUAGACUUGCAUAAGUAAUGGAGGCAAAAUAGAAAAGUGAAGUGCAGUUAGGUCUUUAUAGUUUUGACUACAUUUACAAAACCUUUAACCCACAGAAAAUCAUUGCAUAACAUACAGAAAGUUUAACUGAACCACUAAAACACCCAAAACAAAAACAGGUUAGUGAUCCACUAAAGCCAGUUCCAGCUCUUUUAAACCAAAAAGUCCCCUCCCCUUACCUUGUUUCCCCCACCUCAUCUGAUACCUAUUGCUCCAGGUAAAAAUCCAGCAACCCCCCUUCUGAAUUCCCUGUUUUUUUCUGCUUUACCACACAAAGAUCUUUAUAGGGGUUGACAUCUAUAGUCAGCUGCUCAGCCUAUAUACCGUAUACCAAAACUUAAAAUCAGGAGAUGUAAAAUUGAGGUUUUACUGUAUUUAUUUUUUGUUUAACCAUACAGAUAAACAUGGAACUUUAUAAACUGAAGAGAGGAGGAGCCUUGGCUGUGACACUUAUAAUUAUCCUUUGUUUAAGCUUCUGGUAUCACUCAGCUCCUAACAAGAUUAUGGCACCAAAGAAACUAAUUAUGUUGAGUGAAAAGGAACCUGAAGCACAAAGAACUAACAUGACAAUGAACUUCAAGAUCCCAACAGAAAAUCCAAAAAUUGCUUCGCAAAUCCAGAGGGAGGUUGAUGAAAUCGUAAACCAAAUAGAGAGCAUGAUAACAAAGGUUGAAUUAUUGCAUAAGGACAACACCACCUGUGCCGAAAAAAGCAAAGCCACCAUUGUAAAUCCUAAAACCAGUUACUGUGUUGGAGACAAUUUGGUUGUACAAGUCGACGUGUUUGACUAUUUGGGUAACAGAAAAACAUACGGAGGAGACUACCUAAGAGCAAGAAUCUCUACAAAAGAACUUAAUGCAGGAGCAAGUGGGAAGAUUGAAGAUUUUCACAAUGGAACUUACCAUGUUCAUUUCACACUCUAUUGGGAAGGUAAAAUUGAUUUGUCUAUUCUUCUCAAACACCCAAGUGAAGCAGUUUCAGUACUUUGGAAUACACGAAACUCGUGGUAUGGUUAUGUAGAUUACAGUGGCAAAUUUACAAAUCAAAAUCAGCAAACUGAAACCAAGUGUGGAUUUGACCUCAAUAAAUCUGAGGAAUUGUGUGAAUAUAAUGAUGAGAGAGAUGAAGAAUAUUUUUACUGUAUGAAGCCUCCGAGCUAUGAAUGUGACAUGCUUACAGAGACAAAAAGCUGGACCUCUGGUCGUUCAAAACUGACAGAGCUUGAAGCUACCCUGUUUGACAAGUCCAGCCUCAGAGUGGAAAUACCAAAAGACUUCCAGCCUGUUAUUGUAACCAGUUGUAAUAAUAAUACAGACAGAAAAAAACAUGAAAAAUGUGGAAUUGGAAUGAAACUAGAAUAUCCCAGUGGACAUUUUAUGAAUAAUGUUUGGAUACCUCAUGCUUGCAGCAUGAAAUCUAACCACAACUUGGAAGAACUUAAUGCAUGCAUGCAAGGAAAGGUUAUAUACAUACUGGGAGACUCAACCCUGCGUCAGUGGAUGUUGUAUUUUCAAAGUAAACUGAAUGAUAUGACGAUUUUAAACCUUUAUGAAAGUGGCUGGGCACAAAAGAUUUGGGGCAUUGACCUAAAGAGGAAUAUGAGAGUAAGCUGGAAAAGACAUGCCAAUCCCUUCAUAAGCAGUUCAUACCAAUCUUUCAGAGAGGAGCGCACCAUUCCACGAGAAAUAGAUUUGAUUGGGGGACAUGACAAAACAGUGAUUGUCCUUAAUAUAGGUUGCCAUUUUAGGUCUUAUCCAGUUCACCACUACAUCAGAAGACUCGUCAACAUACGAAGGGCAUUAGUGCGCCUUUUCCGACGAAGCCCUGAAACUAAGGUUAUAUUAAAAACAGAGAACCUCUCGGCUAUAAGUAAUAGUUAUGAAAUAAAUUCAGAUUUCCAUGGUUUUGUUCACUACUUUGUAUUUAAACUUAUAUUUAAAGAUCUAAAUGUUGGAUUUGUAAAUGGAUGGGACAUGACAAAUGCAUUUGAUGCAAAAGAAGUUCACCCCCCUCCAGAAUACAUCCAGAAUGAAAUUGAUUUAUUUAUGACUUACAUCUGUUAAUUAACCCGUCAAAACUCUUCUCAUAAUGCAAACAAGUUUGGACUAUGACAGCACUGUUAGAAGUGAUCAAAACACCUCCAACAACCCAGUGGUUUGUUUAAAUAGUUGCCAGAGUAAUUAGUAGACGUGCAGUUUUACUAACUCUACUCACUUAUAUGACUUUGUUUCCAUACAUCACUAAUGAGUUUGCCAUGUGAAUUAAAGUGUAAAUCCCUGUCUAAUUCUGGUGUAUGCACCUUUAGAAACAACACACCCACAGCUUUUAUUUGUGGAAUGUAUUCCUACAGAAAAUGUGAUGUCUAGCUUUAUAAAAAUGUGCUAAAACAUUCUGCCAAAUUUUACACUAUUUUGGUGUAAAAUUAAAUAUACAUUUAUGCUACUCUGUUUGAUUUUCUUGAGAAGAAACUAUAUCUAUCCUAUGAGAGCAGUACUAGAAACAUUUCAAUGCAAUUAAUACGUAAGGGUUCAUUUACCAGUAGUACAGGUGCAAGGCUGUAAAUUGUGCCUCUUUAAGUCCCAUAUACAGUGCACUUGUACCUUUAACAUCAGAGGGUGCAAGAUCAAUACUCUUAUGGACACUAGGAGGCAAAUUUACUAAAGGGCGAAGUCACUAGCAAAAAUUCGCCAGAAAUACAAUCCGCAGGGACAUCGCUAAUUCACUAACAGGCAUAGAGGACAAGAACAAGAGUUCAUCGCUAACAAAUUUUUGCUCAGGUCGACAAUCGUUAGCCCUCAAAUUCACUAAGUUUCGCCAAGUUUCCUUCACCAGGUUAUACCUGAAGCUACAUCCUCCUCAAUCUUAUGUCAGUAACAUUGUAUCCUGUAUGCUGAAAAGUUAUUAAAAUUUAAAAAAAGUUGGCAUUUUUUCAUAUUUUCAAUGCGACAUGUAAAAUUAUGUAGAAUAGAAGAAAUAGUUUUUAUUUGAAACCCUUUUGGGUCAAAAAUGUCUGUAUUAGCUUGAAAACUGUGCACAGCCCACCCCCUUUACAAACUUCCUGUCCAAGAGUUUCCUUUGCAAGCUUCCUGUCCAGGAGUUAACUUUGCAAGCUUCCUGUCCAGGAGUUUCCAGUCACAGGCUCUGGAACCACCAGCACCUUCUGCCUAAGUCACAGAACAGCAGCCACUGAGGGAGUGGGCGUUUUUGUGAUGUCACACUCAGUCCUUCCAUGCAGACAUGGGAUCAACCUUACUGCUUGUUUUCCCUUCCCUGAACCGCUCCUUUCUGUCCCUCUCUGCCCUGUUCAUUUUCCUCCCCCCCAACCCUUUCAUAUGUACAUUUGUGAAUAAUGCCUAUUUGCUGUAGAACACAGGAGCAUAUUGUUACAGUUUAAAUAAAGCAACAUUAAUAUUA